AUGUGGGAUAAACUAGAGGUCACCUAUGAGGGAACCAGCAAAGUAAAGGAAACUCACAUCAACAUGCUAGUUCAUGACUACAAACUCUUCUCAAUAAAAGAAGGAGAAUCCAUUGAAGAAAUGUUUUCCAGGUUUAGUAAAAUAAUUAGUGACUUAAAGGCAUUUGGCAAGCCCUACACCAGUGGUGAUCAAGUCAGAAAAAUUCUCAGAAGUCUGCCAACCACUUGGCAGACCAAAGUAGUCACACUGGAAUCUCAAGAUCUAAACAAAUUGUCCUAUGAUGAACUACGAGGAGAACUCAUUGCUUUCGAAAGGGCACAUUUGAAAAAUACAAAUCAAGAGGAGAAAAAGAAAAUAGUUGCAUUCAAAACCUAUACUGAAAUGGCUGAAAAUGAAAUUGAUGAUCCUGAAGCUCUACAAGAAGAGAUUGCUAUGAUGUCUAGAAAUACGGAUGGGCUGAUGAGAAGAUACAGAAACACAAAGAAAGGAAGAUUCCCACCAAGACGAUCCAGGAAAUACAAUGAACAGGAUAAGAACGAUGGAAAAUGCUACGAAUGUGGAAAAUUUGGGCACAUUCAAGCUGAAUGCCAAGAACUGAAAAGGAAUAUCUCUAGAGGCUUCAACAAGAACAAAUCCUUCGAAAGCUGGAGUGAUAAGGACGACUCAGACCAUGAAGAAAUAGCAAAUCUUUGUUUCAUGACAAUUUUGGAAAAUGAAAUAAACAAAACCUCAGGAUGCUGGACAGAUGAAGAUGAUUCAGAUGACGAGAACUAUUUCAUGGCACGGGGUGAAACUAGUAAGGUAAGAUCUUAUGACUGCGAAAGAUGUAAUGAAUUGCAGGAUAUUCUUGAUUACACCUUAAAAGAGUCUCAAAGAAUAAUGAAUGAACUUAAGAGACUCACUAGGGAGGUUAAAGACUGGAAACUCAAACAUGAAGUAUGUGAAAUCGAAAAAGAAGUACUUCAAGAAGAGUUUGAGGAGUUGCAAAUGCAGCUUAACAGCUUGCGCAAAUCCACCAGUCAUAGUUCUGUUAGGUCAAACCAAAUGACUUACAAGUCAACUGGAAAGGAACCAAUCAGAACCAAGUCGACCAGUCGGUCGGACCAGAUGACUUACAAGUCAAUUGGGAAAGAACCAACUAAAUCUAAGUCGGCUAGUUCUAACACUCAUGAAAAUAGGUCUGGAGCUAAAUGUCAUUACUGUAAUAAAAGUGGGCAUAAAUAUUCCGGUUGUUGCUUUUGUAAAUCAAAUGUGUCAGGAUGGGAACACCACAGAGUAAGCCGCAAAGGAAAAUGGUAUCUAGAUAGUGCGUGUUACAGUCAUAUAACAGGUGACAAAAACCUGUUCAUGGAAGUUACAAAUAUCGAUGGAGGAAGUGUAAAAUUCGGAGACGAUUCAAGGGGCAAAAUAAUUGGCACUGGAACAAUUCCUUUCAAUAACAACUGUGACAUUACUGUAGUAUAUCUCGUUGAUGGCCUAAACUACAAUCUCUUGAGCAUAAGUCAACUCUGCGACUCAGGAUAUGAGGUAAAGUUUAAGAGAAUAGGGUGUGCUAUUGAAGAUGAAUCGGGUAAGAUAAUUCUUCCUGGAAAAGGAACUGCUAGCAUAGGAGGUAAGAGGUAUGCUUUUGUUAUUGUUGAUGACUUUUCACGUUUCACCUGGGUGAUCUUCUUGUCUCAUAAGGAUGAAGCCUUAAGAAAUUUUGAAGUUUUCUGCAAAAAGUUUGAAAGAGAAAAGGGAUAUCUGAUCUCAAAGAUUCAGAGUGACCAUGGAGGAGAAUUUGAAAGCAGAGCUUUUGAAGACUUCUGCAAUGAUUAA